CUCGGAUCCCAUCUCAAUUCUCAUCUCACGCUAAACAAAUCGUCACGCAACCAGCUCGAUCUUUUCCUCUCGCAAUCUGGGCUCAAGCGAUGCGCUGCCUCUCUUCCUCCGCCGCACCGUUCCAGCCAGCAGAUCCGGCGUCGCGAGGCGGCAUGGCGUCGCAGCAGCUGAGCUCCCGCACGCGGGAGUUCGACCACUUCGUCGUGGUCGACUUCGAGGCGACCUGUGAAAGGAACUCCAAGAUCUACCCGCAGGAAAUCAUCGAAUUUCCUGCGGUCCUCGUCGACGCCGCCACCGGCGGCCUCGUCGCCUCCUUCCGCACCUACGUGAAGCCGCACCACCACCCGCGCUUGACCGCGUUCUGCUCUGAGCUGACGGGAAUCCAGCAGGAGCAGGUGGACGGCGGCGUAGAUCUCGCGACGGCGCUGGCGAGGCACGACGAGUGGCUGGCGGCGGCGGGCGCAGACAAGAACCGCCUCGCCGUCGUUACCUGGGGCGAUUGGGAUUGCCGUAUGCUGGAGUCAGAAUGCAGCUUCAAGGGACUUGCAAAGCCUGCUUAUUUCAACCGGUGGAUCAACCUUCGGAUCCCCUUCAAGGCCGCUUUCGGCGCUGAGCGGCGCAACCUUCAGGAGGCGGUCAGGGAGGCGGGGCUGCAGUGGAGCGGCCGCCUCCACUGCGGGCUCGACGAUGCGCGCAAUACCGCCUGCCUCCUCUCCGAGCUGAUGCGGCGGGAAGAGUCCAUUAAGAAAGAGCCGUCGCCGCCGGAGCCGGAGCCGGAGCUACAAGUUCAGCAGCAACUCUCGCCAGCGAAUCAGAACUUCCGCUGGUGCGUCGGUGGCGCUGCUGCUACCGACUGCUGCUGCUACUGCGGCGUGGCCGUCAUAGGCGACGUGGUGAAGACGCCGGGGCCGAUGCAAGGACGGUGCUUCUUCAGCUGCGGGAACUGGACGCCGUUGGGGCCGAUGUGCUCUUUCUUUCUCUGGGCGGCUUGAUUGCCAGCCGUCCAGACUCCACCGCAUCGUCGUCAAUAAGACACCGAGGGGUAUAAAGCUCUAGAUAACUGUGUUGAGGAAAUAAAGAAAAUGAAUGCAGCUACUGCCUAGGCACGGGCAGAAUUCACUGUCUCAUACUGGUGUCUCUGUGGCUUGUUCCAUCCAGGAUCUGGGAUACAGGUUAUGAUAAGGGAAUGUCAAUUUCUAAUUGGGCUUAUGAAGAUUUUUCGUUGGUGAACCAAGGUCACUGUUUGAUUCGACCACAUCCCUAGUGUCAUAUCUACCCGGCAAAAUCUUUAAUUAAGCUAUGGGGAGGAAGUCUUGCUUUCUGAUAGUAAACAUGAAGCGUAUGGCAACACAGUGAGCUACAGUGUAACAGGAAAUUAUCAUCGAUUUUGCACCUUUCAAAUUCUUCUCUGUUGUUAUGGAGUUGUGUUGUACUGUUGUAAGUUGUAUGUUUGUUCUUGUAAAAGUUCCGGAAUUUUGUGGAAUGUUUCAGAGAUUUUGGAGUAGCAGUUCUGUGUAUCCAGAGAACGAAUGCAGAAUCCACGCAUUUUUGUGGAUGAAAAAUUAAUAGGAGUUUGUAGGCAUUUGUGAAAA